CCUACUUGUGACUUGCAUACGGCGCAUGACUCUACAGAAAAGAAUAUCCUGACGACCUGCACAUACAAAAAGUACGAUGGUUAAGUCUGCUGGAUUUCAUCAGGAUUCUAUCCCACUGAAAGACGUCGAAGCUGGGAAUGUCCACUAUGAAUUACCUGGAAGAAGCCAAGCAGACAAGAAAUUGCUCUCUAAGGAUGGUGGUACUAGCAAUGACUCGUCAGACAAUUCUCGUGACAAAUGGGGAAGAAAAGCUGAGUACGUCCUGUCUAUGAUUGGCUACUGUGUUGGCCUCGGAAACGUGUGGCGAUUUCCUUAUGUUUGCAUCAGGAAUGGAGGAGGAGCCUUUCUCAUCCCCUUCUUCAUUUGCCUAACACUGUGCGGACUGCCUCUUUAUUUGAUGGAAGUGGCUAUGGCUCAGUUUGUUGGCUUGGGCCCGUUUCAUGUCUGGAGUAUUUGUCCGAUGUUCAAAGGUAUUGGCAUCGCUAUGAAUUCAGCGUCCUUCUUCCUCUCCUGGUACUAUUCCAUGAUUUUGGCCUGGUCCCUCAUCUAUCUGGUCAAUUCCUUCAGAUCGCCUCUCCCGUGGACACAGUGUGGCCAGUCCUGGAACACAGCCAACUGUAGGACUCCUCAUGAAAUGAAAACAGGACUUAAUGGAAACACUACUUUACAAGAGCUGGCCUCAAAUCUAACAGAGUACUCACUGACUUCAAGAAAUGGCACACCAUCACUUGACACCCUGCCCCAAAAUGUACCUGACUUAAUGGUGUCGGAUAGCUAUAACUCUACAUACUCACUAGAAAAUGACACUCUUUUGAAUUCAGUUGCCAGCAGUGUGGGAAAUACAAGUGUAAGCUCUAGUGAAGAGUUUUGGAUAAACAAUGUUCUUCACCUUUCCUCCGGCUUAAGUGAAUUUGGCACCAUUCCCUGGGAGUCCGGAGUCGCUCUUGUGGUCCAGGCGGUCAUUGUCUAUCUUUGCGUGAUAAAAGGAGUCAGUUCCGUUGGCAAGGUUGUGUAUGUCACAGCCACACUUCCCUACAUCUUGCUGACUGUCCUACUCAUCAAAGGCGCAACAUUGCCAGGGGCUUUGGAUGGCGUCAUCUUCUAUCUCAAACCAGAUUUUAGCAAACUGGUCAGAGUGCAGACAUGGGUAGAGGCUAGUCUCCAGGUGUUCUACUCUCUAGGACCGGCCUGGGGUGGCCUCAUUACCAUGGCCAGUUACAACAAGUUCAACAACAACUGUUUGAGGGACUCUGUUUUGCUGUCGUUCGCUUGUGAAGGCAGUAGUGUGUUUGCUGGCUUCGCCAUCUUCACAAUGUUGGGACACAUGGCUCAUACCCUGCGUGUGCCUAUCUCAACAUUCGCUAACACAGGGCCAGGUCUUGUUUUUGUGGUGUACCCAGAGGCCAUCUCCUAUCUCCCUCUGCCACAACUGUGGGGUGUUCUUUUCUUUAUUAUGCUCUUCACUCUUGGACUAGAGGUGGUAUGUACCUGUUCCAGUUGGUAGACUGGUAUUUUGCCGCCUACGCCGUGAUUGUGAACGGUAUACUGGAACUGGUCGUUGUCGGCUGGAUCUACGGUGCAGAACGUUUCUUUGAUGAUAUCAAGCUCAUGCUUGGUCGUCGGCCACCUCGUCUCUUCAUCAUUGUGUGGAGAUUCAUCACCCCGAUCCUUUUGCUCGUAAGUCACCAAAUUUCCACAUCUUAGAUUAAGAAAUGAUACGUGUUUAACAUCUCUCGUGAUAUCACUUAACCUAUUUCAUUGCUGAGGCGUAUAUUUACCCUUGUAUACACAGGAAAAAGUGUUUAUUUGAGAGAGAUUUUGUUUCA